AGGCGGAACAACUUUCCGUUCUUGGCAGAAUUGUUGUUUUGGCUUUUAAACCUAUUGCUUUUUUGAAGUUCUUGUUGUUGUCGCUGUCUACCCAGCACUCUACCUUUCCCCUACUGACAGGUAAUCACGUAAUGGUUCGUCAGGAAACAGGGCAAAUUUCAUUCACAUUUUAAGACUCGAUUUAGUUCCCAGUUAUUCUCCGUCCGUUUACUAACGUUUGGGCGCCAAAAAUGACUCGCAGCUCGUUCCCACUGACGAACUAGCACUUGACAAUGGGAUGUGGGAAUGCCAGCAAGGUACAAUGCUGUUUUUGACUUUCUUUCUUACUCUUCUAGAAAGUGGAAGAUAUAGCUAAACAACAAGGCAACGAUAUCCACUGGGAUGAAAACGGGGAUCUGUAUUUAUCGCUUAUCCGACCUGCUUUCAUACCGCACCCUGNACAUUUUAAGACUCGAUUUAGUUCCCAGUUAUUCUCCGUCCGUUUACUAACGUUUGGGCGCCAAAAAUGACUCGCAGCUCGUUCCCACUGACGAACUAGCACUUGACAAUGGGAUGUGGGAAUGCCAGCAAGGUACAAUGCUGUUUUUGACUUUCUUUCUUACUCUUCUAGAAAGUGGAAGAUAUAGCUAAACAACAAGGCAACGAUAUCCACUGGGAUGAAAACGGGGAUCUGUAUUUAUCGCUUAUCCGACCUGCUUUCAUACCGCACCCUGUGACGGGAGAAAAAUACUGGUUUAAUCUAGUUACGGGGCACCACAAUUCGUGUGUGGAUUCGAUGCCAACAUUUAACGACACCGACAUCUUGAACGGGAAAUGGCCGUACCACAGUUAUUACGGCGACGGAAGUGAGAUCGAACCAGAGGUGAUACAGCAUAUAAGAGCACAAUCUUGGACAUGCGCCGUUGGAUUCAAGUGGAAAUGCGGUGAUUUGUUGGUGAUCGAUAACGUUGCUGCCCAACAUGGAAGAAUUGGAUUUUCCGGUGAAAGGAAGAUGCUGGCAUAUCUUACCGCUUAAAUCAAAAGGCUUCAAAUCUUCUUUUUUAAAUCUUAACUGGUAGAAAUCCGUAUGGAAAACUAUAGAGAACCUCAGGAGAAUACUGUAUUAAUUCUGUUAAUUAACUGGAGCAUAGUAAACAAUUUUGUUACGUAUGAAAUCAAUUUCUUGUCAAAAGGUUACCUAAUUACAUGAAAUUUUGGCGACACUUUAAUUUAACGAAUUUCGCUCAAUUAAAAUGCACCAAAAUUAAGUGUCGUUAAAUUUAAAUCGUACAUUUUUUAAAAUGAAAUUCCGCCAUCUGGUCAGAAUGUUAAUGGAUGUGUUUUUUAAGGGCUUUAACUACUCAGAAGAGCUCGGGGAAACUCACCA